UGUCCAUCUUUAGUGUAAACUUGUGUUGUUUUUUGCCGAAAGAGUUCAGAAUUUGCAUUUACUUAGAAAUACUCUAUUAAAUAUGUCCCGCAAGGAAGCCCUGUCGCAGUUUAUCAAUCAGAUUCACGGCCGACCCGUUGCCGUAAAGCUCAACAACGGCGUGGACUACCGAGGGGUUUUGGCCUGCCUGGAUGGCUACAUGAACAUCUGCCUGGAACAAACGGAGGAGUAUGUGAACGGGCAGCUGAAAAACAAGUACGGCGAUGCCUUCAUCCGGGGCAACAAUGUCCUCUACAUAUCCACGCAGAAACGGAGGGUCUGAAAUCGUAGUGCCUAAGUUUAUCCCGUAAAUACAACAGUCUCCACAAAAA